AUGAAGUCCAGUCAACCAAUAAUUUGCUUGUCAUCAUUCUUUCAUACAUCCUUCUUAUGUACUGUUGGUCUUGUUAUAUUUCUGAACACCAUCACCAUCUCAGUUUCUGACAAUGGAAACGAGACCGAUACACUUGCAUUGUUAUCAUUCAAGUCAAUGAUCACACUAGACCCAAAUGGGGUUCUAAGCUCAUGGAACACUUCAUUGCAUUUCUGUGAUUGGAGUGGCAUUUCAUGUGGUAAGAAACACCAAAGGGUGACCAUUGUGAACCUGACAUCACAAGGCUUGACAGGCUCCUUGUCUCCUCAUUUAGGAAACCUCAGUUUCCUUUAUGAGUUAAGGCUCGGGAACAACAGCUUUGAAGGAAGCAUCCCCAAUGAGCUUGGUCAUCUAUCCAGGUUACGUGUACUCGCUUUGUUCCGAAAUAAAUUAUAUGGAAUCAUUCCAACUAACUUGUCUGGUUGCAUUAAUCUUGAAGAGAUCCGAUUAAGUAAUAAUAAGCUAAUUGGAAACAUACCCACGGAGAUAAGUUUCCUCUCGAAACUAACUUAUCUUUCAAUUAAUUAUAACAACUUAACUGGUGGAAUCUCUCCUUUCUUGGGGAAUAUUACAUUAAUGGAAGUGUUCUCUGUUGCCAAUAAUUCAUUUGGCGGGAGCAUUCCAGACACCUUAGGUCGUUGGAAAAACUUAAGAGAGUUUUAUGUCGGUACCUGUAAUCUGCAUGGGACCAUCCCUGACUCUCUUUUUAACAACACACUCCUAACUCGUUUUUCGGUGGCAAAUAACCAGAUUCAAGGUAGCAUUCCUAUAGCCAUAGGGUCGAUGCUACCUAAUCUUGUAUACUUUCAGUUAAGGGGUAAUCAGAUGACUGGUGUUCUACCACCCUCCAUAUCUAACUGUUCGAAAUUACAAUUUCUUGAAAUAAGUUAUAACCAGUUUAGCGGGAAGGUGGCUGUCGAUUUUGGGAAUAUGAGAGAUCUUGUUAACGUAUCUUUAGGUGUAAACCUUUAUGGAAGUUGGGAAGCUGACGAAAUGAAGUUUAUUGAUUCUUUAAAAAACUGCAGCAUGUUAGAGACAUUGGCUCUUUAUGAUUGCAGGUUUCAAGGAGUUCUCCCAAUAUCAAUAGGUUACCUUUCGGAUCAACUCCAAACUCUAGAAUUGUCGGAUAAUAAGCUAUAUGGAGAAAUUCCUUCAAGUAUAGGUAACCUAGUUAAUGUGGGCACUUUAAGUUUAGAAUACAACCAAUUCACCGGAAAAAUUCCCUCUACCAUCGGUAAGCUUCAAAACCUACAAGUUGUUGCUCUACAUCAUAACCAACUUUCAGGGCCAAUUCCAGAUGAAAUCGGUAAUUUGUCAUUGUUGACUAAACUUAUGCUAAGUUCCAAUAGAUUGGAAGGAAAUAUUCCUUCGAGCCUUGGAAAUUUUCUUCAAAUAUUGCAGUUGUCUUUAGAUGACAAUAAACUAAGUGGAAAUAUUCCCAAACAACUUUUUCAACUUUCAUCUUUAACCAUAGUAUUAAAUCUUUCCCAAAACAGUCUAUCUGGUUCGAUUCCACCUGAGGUAGGACAUCUCAAAUCAUUGAACGAACUAGAUUUGUCUUAUAAUAAUCUUUCGGGCAGCAUUCCUAGUAGCCUUGGUGCUUGUACUAGCCUUUCAUCAAUAUCCCUCGAAAGAAAUUUAUUUCAAGGCAUAAUACCACCAUCAUUUAGUUCCUUGAGAGGAGUGGUGCAUCUUGACCUUUCCAAUAAUAAUUUUUUAGGAAAAAUUCCUCAAUUUUUAGAACAGUUUUCGUUGGAAUAUAUGAACCUAUCCUUUAAUAAUUUUGAGGGUGAAGUGCCGAUUAAAGGAGUGUUCGCCAAUGCAAGUGCAUUCUCAUUUUUUGGCAAUAAUAGGCUUUGUGGUGGCUUGGUUAACUUUGGGUUACCAAAAUGCAAAGAGGCGCAGAAACAUAAAAAAAGGCUUCCGUUGUUUGUAAAGAUCAUUUUAAUUUCAUUCAUCUUGAUUUCAGUCGUUCUUUUCGGGUUAUUAUCUUAUGUGUUCAUUUUACGUAAGAAGAAAAGAAAGGACCAGGUGUCUCAAUUAUCGUCAUUGGAGAAACGAUUUUUGAAAGUUUCUUACAAUCAACUUCUCAAGGUUACUGAUGGCUUUUCUGAAAACAAUUUGAUCGGUAAGGGUGGGUUCAGUUCCGUUUAUAAAGGAACUCUUGAUCAAGAGGAUUCAUUUGUAGCGGUCAAGGUUUUACAUCUUCAGAAUCGAGGAGCUCAUAAAAGCUUCUUAUCAGAGUGUGAAGCAUGGCGGAGUAUUCGACACCGAAAUCUAUUGAAAAUAAUCACUUCAUGUUCAAGUGUAGACUUCCAAGGGAAUGAUUUCAAGGCUUUAGUAUACGAGUUCAUGCCCAAUGGUAGUUUACAUGAUUGGUUGCAUUCAAGGGCAAUUGCAUCUAGACUCAACUUUCUUCAGAAAAUAAAUAUUUUUAUCAACAUUGCAUCAGCAAUUGAUUAUCUUCACAAUCAUUGCUUGCCGACCGUUGUUCAUGGAGACUUGAAGCCUAGCAACAUUCUACUUGAUGAUGAUAUGGUUGCUCAUGUUGGAGACUUUGGAUUAGCUCGAUUUCUUGGAACAGAUGUAAACCAAAACAUCUCAACUGGGGUUAAAGGAACAAUUGGUUAUGCACCUCCAGAGUAUGGUGUCGGAAGUGAGAUGACAAGUAAUGGAGAUGUCUAUAGUUUUGGAAUAUUAUUAUUAGAGGUAAUGACUGGGAAAAGACCGACGGACGACAUCUUUAGUGAAGGCUUUAGCCUUCAUAAAUUUGCGUGUGAUGCCUUGCCAGACCAUGUUAUCGAUAUUAUCGAUGAUAGUGCAAUUGAUAUGCAAAAUACGGAAGCAAAUGCAAGGAAAAUGGAGGAAUGCUUGGCUUCAACUAUCAAGAUUGGGGUAUCAUGCUCUCUAGACUCCCCAACACAGCGGAUGAAUAUAGAAAUUGUUGUCCAUGAGUUGCAACAUAUUUUAGAUGUGCUUCAAAAUAUGUGAGAGGUGCCGUAUAAUCUCUCCUAUAAAAUCGUCAUAUCUACAUCACAUAUAUGGUUCAAUAUAUGUCA